AUGACGACAGACAAUUAUGCCAAUCCCGCUGCGAUCUAUUUCAUUGCGAUCUUUUUCCCCAUCCUAGGCUCCACUGCAGUUGCUUUGCGGUUCUACACACGAAGACAGAGAAAAACAUCGCUUUGGUUUGACGACUGGUUGAUCCUCCCAGCAUUGGGACUAGAAUUUGCUAUGGCAGGACUGCUUUUUUGGGCCACUGCAAAGGGAUCUAUGGGAAGACAUCUUCCACCUUCAUCAGUGCCAGGCCCGACAGGCUACCUAUCAUCUACUUCCCCUCAGCAAAUCAGACUUUCACAGACCCAAUAUUACCUCGACUGGAUCGCAGCAUUCCAAUUUGGAUUCGUCAAGCUUAGCAUUCUCUUUUUCUACCAAAGGAUCUUUUCCAGCUCCCUGGUGGAUCGAAAUGCCAUGGGAAUUAUUACCACCGCUGCGAUUGCUUUGACUGUGAUUUGGACUUUAGCCUUCGGACUUGCUGCCAUUUUUCGUUGCGGAGCAACGCCCCACUAUAUAUGGACCAGUCUAAUAUCCGCUGGACAGCAUUGCGGUGGUCAUUUGUAUCUACUCCAUAUUUUGAAGGCAUCGACUAUAUCUGAUUUCAUCAUGGAUAUUAUGAUCUGGUGUCUUCCCAUUCCAAAAAUUUGGACAUUGAAUAUGAGUACUCCUCGAAAAGUUGCCAUUUCAUCGGUGUUCCUUAGCACGAUUGGAAGCUCAGCCGCAAGAUUAGCCGUCUACUGGAAAUUUAUCGUCAAGGGAAUCGAAAACUCCAAUGGUGAAAAGAUCAUCACACUUUACGAUUUUUGGACAAUGACCGAAGGGGGCCUCGGACUCAUCGUCGCAUGUAUACCCUCCAUUCGUCCUCUCAAGGGUAGUUUUACCUCAGCCGCCAUCCUCAGCGGUCUUAAGAGUACGUUUACCCUACGCUCUGUUCGCACCAAAUCCAGUCUCGAAAGGAAAUGGUCUGGUCCCUCUGCAGAACCACAAGACCCAAGUGCGCCAAAUUCGCUAGAUAUGGAAGAGAAGCGGUUUAAGGCGGCUCACAUACGCGAAACCAAUGUUACCACUCAAAUUGUGGGUGGUUUGCAAGUUUAA